AUGCCCGCCCCCUUCUCCAGCCCGCAUGUUGUGCCGGUGCCCCUCCCCGCGCUCUACCUCUACCCUUUGAACGAUUCAUUUGUCCCCAAACACAUAUCGCUCGUCAGCAACCAGCGCGUCAAGAUCGGUCGCCAGACGAACGCGAAGACCGUACCCGCUGAACGGAAUGGAUUCUUUGACUCGAAGGUACUCAGUAGGCAGCACGCGGAGGUCUGGGAGGAGGGUGGAAAGAUCUACAUCAAGGAUGUCAAGAGUUCUAAUGGAACUUUCAUCAACGGCGAGAGACUCAGUCCUGAAGGACUCGAAUCCGAGCCGUUUGAAUUGAAGUCGGAAGAUAUCGUCGAAUUCGGUAUCGACAUUGUCGGCGAGGAUAACAAGACAAUCGUCCACCACAAAGUCGCCGCGCGCGUCCUCUGCGUAUUUGGGGAGCAAGAUGCACAAGCCGCCGCACGGGCAGAGGCGCAGCAGAACCCGCCUAGCUACGGCACCGUCGCGGGGCAGGCACCCGCGGGCAGCGGAUUUAACUUUGCGGGCCAACAACAGCCCUCCGCGAACGGCGUUCCGGGACAACAGCGCCGCCCCUCCAUGCCCCAGGGUCUCGUAGGCAUGGGUGGCAUGGGCGGGAACGUGCGCCCGCCGGGCAAGAGUGGCCUUACGUUCGAUCAUAUCCUCACCCGCCUGCAAGGCGAGCUCCAGAAGAGUCGCGAUACCGGCUCUGAGCUUCACUCGUUGACUAGUGCUAUGAAUGAGAUCCAUGAUACGCUCGGAGGCAACCUGCCGCCUAAUCUCCCUCCUUACCCAUCGGUCCUUCCCCCCGUCAUGCCGCCUCAAUCGCAGGCACCACCCGAGCCGUCGCAGCAGCAAUUGCAGGACGCGAAUGCUCUGAAUGAGCUCCAAAGCCAACUACGCGAGACGCAGAUGUCGCUCGCCACGCACGUCGAAAAGAUUCGCACGCUCGAAGACAUGCUCGCCGAGCAGGACGCGAUCAAGCGGGAGGUCAAUACGAUGCGCGAACUGAUGGAGGAGCGGAGGAGGGAGGUCGAAGUGCUGCGGAGCCUCAGCGUCCGGAACUGGCGGCACGACCAAGGUUCGGACGACCACUAUAUGUCUGACGACGACGAUGCACGGAGCAUCAACACCAUCGUUCCGCAUGAGCUGGAAAGAGUGGACGAAGAGGACGAGGAGCAGCUGGCUGCGGAGGAGGACGUCGAGCGAAGACGGAGGCGAGACGAGCUUGGCCGACCGAGGACGCCAGAGCCGACGGGCAUGGGGAUGGCCGAGGAUGAGGAGGAGCAAGAACUGCGCGACCGUCAGAGGGCCGCAGAACGAUCUCGCUCGCCGUCGCCGUCGCCGCCACCCGCGCCCCUCAUCGCCGCUGCACCUGCACCAUCGGCGGCUCCCUCGAUCCCUGACGAGCUUCUCGAGCGAAUGAAUACCUUAUCGAAGCAGCUCGAAACCGCACUUGAGUUCUCGCGCUCCCUCGAAGCGCAACACACGAUGGCCCAAUCAACCAUCCACAUACUCGAGUCCAAAGUCGCGUCGUUGGAGAACCUUGUGCACGACACGCAGACCCAGGUACAGACCCAGGCAGAGACCACUCAGCAGCUCGCAGAAGUCGUGAAGGCCGUUGAAGUAUCGUCCCAAGGACCUCCGCCCUCAUCUGACGACGACCGCAUGCACGAGCGCGAGUCAUUGACUGAGAUCGUCAACGAGUGGAAGAAGAGUGUCGAGGGUCGGUGGACCGGUGUACAGGAGGAAUGGACGGAGGAACGUGAGCGGCUGCGUCGUGCGCGAGAUGAAUGGGAGAGUCGAAUGCGCGGGCUGGAGGACGGCGUUGGCAACGCGGUCUCGAAGCUCGAGUCCGGCCUGUCUGUCCUAUCGGCGUUCCAGGGUCAGCAACGCCAGCAGCUACCGAAUGGUAGCUUUAAACACAGUGGUGGACUGGUCACGCCUCCCAGCCCGAGAAGCCUGUCGGCGGAAUCGACGAGGCCACGGCAGCGAAAGAAGCGGACGAGUGCGUCGCGUGGGCGCACUCGAUCGCGGUCGACGUCGACGGGCGGGAGCCAGGACCAGCAACCGGGCUCGUCGGCGUCAUCGGUUUCCGAUGCUGGUUCGUUUCCCGACUCUACGGGCCGUGCAUCGUGGGCCGUGUCAGACGCCUCGAGCGCGACUGACAUGGAGACGCACCAUCUCGCGGAGAUGGCUGCCAAGUAUGCACUCGGAAAGGACAAGAGCGCGCAAGUCAUUCAGGGUAUGCCCUUCCCUCUCACGCCGGAGUCGUCGGUGUUGAACCACACAUUGAACCACUCUGACUCUUCCUCUGGCACGGCAACAGACUCGCGAACGGAUACGACGACGGAGGAGCCACCUAAAGACCUCGUGAGUGCCAUCCCCGGAUGCUACCCAGACCAGCCUCUAAUGUCGGAACGCGGACGCGAACAGCCUCAUUUCACCAACUUCUCCACGGCGUUCGGCGUUCUGGUUCUUAGUGCGGCAGCGGCCGCGGUUCUUUGGCGAGUCAAACCGGAAGGGACAGUUUAG